UUACCCUUUCCGCUCGCCGUAGAGAAACCGGAAACAGCAGGAUAAGAAAAUAUUUCGCGGGAGAAAAGUGAGCUAGUGAAGGGCUGCCUGUCUGCUGUCAACAAGGACAACAACAGUUACUAAAACCAUCACAAAAUGAGUCUGUGGGUGGAUAAAUACCGACCAACCCUGCUCGGGAAACUCGACUAUCACAAAGAGCAAGCGGCUCAACUGAAGAACCUGGUUCAAUGUGGAGACUUCCCUCACCUGUUGGUGUACGGCCCUUCAGGCGCGGGGAAGAAGACCCGCAUCAUGUGUCUCCUGAGGGAGCUGUAUGGAGCCGGGGUGGAGAAGCUCCGCAUAGAGCACCAAACCAUCGUGGCUCCCUCAAAGAAGAAAAUUGAGAUCAACACAAUAGCCAGUAACUACCACUUGGAAGUUAACCCAAGUGAUGCUGGGAACCAGGACCGUGUCGUGAUUCAAGAGCUGAUCAAGACCGUGGCUCAGUCUCAGCAGAUCCAGUCAAGUACCCAGAGGGAGUUCAAAGUUGUGUUGCUCACAGAGGUGGACCGACUCACAAAGGACGCACAGCAUGCUUUGCGCCGCACGAUGGAGAAAUACAUGGGCACCUGCCGCCUCAUCCUCUGCUCCACCUCCACCUCCAAAGUCAUCGCACCAAUCAGGAGCCGUUGUCUGGCUAUCCGAGUUCCUCUGCCGAGCACAGAAGAGGUGUGCAGCGUUCUGGCGUCAGUCUGUAAAAAGGAGGGUCUGAUCCUCCCACCUGAACUGGCCAAGCAGAUCUCUGAGAAGUCCGGACGCAACCUUCGUAAAGCCCUGUUGAUGUGCGAGGCCUGCAGAGUGCAGCAGUAUCCAUUCUCAGCAGACCAAGACGUCCCACAGACGGACUGGGAGGUGUAUCUCAGGGAGACGGCUAAUGCUAUCGUGAGCCAGCAGAGUCCUCAGAGGUUGUUGGAAGUUCGAGCCAGGCUGUACGAGCUCCUGACUCACUGCAUCCCCCCUGACAUCAUCAUGAAGAGUCUGGUGACAGAGCUGCUGAGUAACUGUGACGGGCAGCUGAAGACAGAGGUGGCCCACAUGGCGGCCUACUACGAACACAGACUUCAGCUGGGCAGCAAAGCUAUUUACCACCUGGAGGCCUUCGUCGCCAAGUUCAUGGCCAUCUACAAGAAGUUCAUGGAGGACGGUCUGGACGCCAUGAUGUUUUGAAUGCACUUCAGUAGAAGCUCAAACAGCCCUCCCUUACUCUGAUGUCUCGCUCUUUGUGCACCAAGACUUUCAGCAGACUUCAUACAGAUUUAUCUCUGGACUCUGAGGCAUAGUGGUCACAUUGACACAGCACACUGCAACAUAACUCUUCAUCGAUUUCUAGUUUGUUGCUUUAUAAAGUGGUGGAUUGUUGCCCCAAACUGUAGCACUGUACACAUUCUGUAAACUUUCACUCUGGUGGUGUAUAAUAGAUAAUCCAAACAGAGCAGUUUUGAUGUUAGAUGGUGAUGAUUUGUAUCGUCAAUAUCCUUCAAGUACAAGAUAUGUUCCUUCAAAUAUAAAUAAAUAUUUUAAGGGCGUUUGGCUCGAUAAAUAUCA